UCGGAGCGCGCGCGCGCGCGGGUCGGACAUGCAUGAGUGUAUCUCCAUCCAUAUUGGCCAGGCUGGUGUCCAGAUUGGAAACGCUUGCUGGGAGCUCUACUGUUUAGAACAUGGUAUCCAACCUAAUGGAUUCAUGCCCAGGGAUUGGACGUAUGGAGCUGCAGAUAAUUCCUACAACGCGUUCUUUACCGAGACAGGAGGUGGAAAGCUGGUCCCUAGAGCUCUUUUCAUUGAUUUAGAACCUACUGUGAUUGAUGAGAUCCGCACUGGUACCUAUCGGCAGCUGUUCCACCCCGAGCAGCUCAUCACCGGCAAGGAAGAUGCUGCCAACAACUAUGCCCGUGGGCACUACACCAUUGGCAGAGAGAUAGUCGAUCUAGCUCUGGAUAGAAUACGCAAACUGGCUGACGAAUGCACAGGACUCCAGGGUUUCCUUGUGUUCCACAGCUUUGGUGGAGGGACUGGCUCUGGGUUCACUUCCCUGCUGAUGCAGUGCCUUUCUGUUGACUACGGAAAGAAGACAAAGUUUGAAUUCACCAUCUACCCAGCUCCCCAGAUCUCGACAGCAGUGGUGGAGCCCUACAACGCAAUCCUCACCACCCACACCACCCUGGAGCAUUCCGAUUGUUGCUUCAUAGCAGACAACGAAGCCUUGUACGAUAUCUGCCGCAGGAACUUGGACGUUGAGCGCCCAACUUACACCAACUUGAACCGGCUGCUUGCUCAGGUUGUCUCCUGUAUUACCUGCUCCCUUCGGUUUGAAGGAGCUCUGAAUGUCGAUCUCAUCGAAUUCCAGACUAACCUGGUCCCAUACCCACGCAUCCAUUUCCCAUUAGUUGCUUACGCCCCGGUCAUCUCGGCCGAGAAGGCUUACCACGAGCAAUUGUCCGUGGCACAACUCACCAAUGCUUGCUUUGAGCCGGCCAACCAGAUGGUCAAGUGUGACCCUCGCCAUGGCAAGUACAUGGCUUGUUGUCUGCUUUACCGGGGCGACGUGGUGCCGAAAGAUGUCAAUGCAUCGAUUGCUAACAUCAAGACCAAACGCAGCAUUAGGUUCGUUGACUGGUGCCCGACUGGGUUCAAGGUUGGCAUCAACUACCAGCCUCCCACCGUGGUGCCCGGUGGGGACCUGGCCAAGGUGCUCCGUGCCGUGUGUAUGCUGAGCAAUAGUACAGCCAUCGCUGAGGCUUGGGCACGGCUUAACCACAAGUUUGACCUGAUGUACGCCAAGCGCGCCUUCGUGCACUGGUACGUGGGGGAGGGGAUGGAGGAGGGAGAGUUCUCCGAAGCCCGAGAUGACUUGGCAGCCUUGGAGAAGGAUUAUGAGGAGGUUGGCAAGGACACUUCUGAACUUGAUCGUGAAGAAUAUUAGAAGUGCGAACUCCUUCUCCCAAAGAUUAAGUAAACAUGCGUUAAUAAAAUGAUUAGGUUUACUUGUUUGUUUGACGUACCAUCAUGGCUUGUAACUACCCCAGAAAUUAUUGCUUUGAUACUAUUUAAAAUGAUGCUGGAUAAACAAUCUAAUACUGUAACAUAGUUGGUUUAAAUAUAGUCAUGCAACAUGGAAACGAGCUCUUCAGCCCAUCUCGUCCAUGUCACCCUAACCUAAGAUGCAUCUAAGCUAGGUCUAUUUGCUCACGUUUGGCCCAACCCCCUCGCAACCUUUUCUAUCCAUGCACUAUCCAUUCUUUUCUAUCCAUGAAAGGAUCGACUGGUCCUAUAUACACUGGAAUUUAGAAGGACGGGAUCUUAUAGAAACCUAUAACAUUCUUGAGAGAUUGGACAGGCUAGAUGCAAGAAAAAAAAAUUCCCGAUGUUGGGGGAAUGCAGAACCAGAGGUCACUGAUUAAGAAUAAGGGGUAGGACAUUUUGGACUGAAAUGAGGAAAUGUUUUUACACCUGGAGAGUUGUGAAUCUUUGGUAUUCUCAGACACAGAAGGCAGUGGAGGCCAAUUCACUAGAUGUUUUCAAGAGAGAGUUAGAUUUAGCUCUUAGGGCUAACGGAAUCAAGUGAUGUGGGGAGAAGGCAGGAACAGGGCACUGAUUUUGGAUGAUCAGCCAUGAUCAUAUUGAAUGGCGGUGCUGGCUCGAAGGGCCGAAUGGCCUCCUCCUGGAACCAUUUCUAUGUUUCUACUUGUUCAGCUUUUUAAUAUUGAUUUCUGUAAUUUCAAGUAACCCUUGCAUUC